UAAACUCGACGUGUGUUUUAUCUCCGUUCCGGAUAUCACGGAAGAGAAGGACUAAACAACGCGAGCAGGAUAUCGGAAGAAGGAAAGCGUUUAACACAAACGUAUGCCAGAGCCAGUUCUUUACUCUAAACUUUAACUCAAUGUAUCGAAGAAAGAAUGUCGAAGAACAUAAUGUCGGAUCUAGAAAUACAGAUGACCAGCGGAUCAAUCAUAAGUACCAAUGCAGUUAGUGAUGCCUGUAUUGAUCAAGACGGCGAGUGGGAUUACAGUCUUUUUGAUGAUAUUGGUGAUUUGGGAGACACAACAGAGCUGUUACAAGCUUUGGAAUAUGAGCAAUAUUCCAAGAAUGAAGAUGGGCUUGACUUUGAUAUUGAUUUGUUGUCUUGGAGCUCAUCAGCGUAUGAUGAAACAGCAAGUAACUACACAGAUGUAGAUGUAACAGACAUCCUUUCACCAGACAGUUCAGCAUGUUCGGUGCCAUCGCCUUCAUCAGUGUCAUCACUUUCACCAUAUUUUGUACCUGAAGAUUUAGACAUUUCACAUACAGCACAGUUGUCUCCUGUGUCACUAUACUCGGACACUGACAGUACUUGUGAAGUCAAAGCAUCAGAUAAAUUGCAGAAUUAUUUUUCUCCUUGCUACACAGGAAAAGUAUCUACAAAUCCUCCCACCCGUCCCAUUCAUUUUAUGCCAAAGAUUAAUAUCAAGCCCAAGCCUGUGAUAGCUGCUGUUCCUCUUUCCCACACCACUGUUCAACUUCCAGCUAAAACGAUAAUCUUACAGCCUCUUCAGACAGUCCUUCCUCUGUCAAAGCAGCAGCAUGUUCCUAUUCAGCCUGCAUUUCAUACUGGGCAAUCUGUAAUGCUAGGACAACCUACUCAAGUGGUGCAGCUGACUACCCCACAGAUAGUUACUGCACAGCCAGUAGUAACUGUUCCUGACCCAGCCAUCAAACAUCCUGAAGACAACAUCACCUCCCCUAAGAAGAUGACCUUUUCUAAGCCUGUUGUCCAGCCCUCCCAUACAGCAGCUGUCAGUGAUGGAGAUACAAAUGUAUUGAGGAGACAGCAAAGAAUGAUAAAAAAUCGUGAAUCUGCGUCUCUUUCCCGCAAAAAGAAAAAGGAGUAUCUUUUAACUUUGGAAGCUAGGUUAAAACUAGCAUUAUCUGAAAAUGUAAAGCUGAUGAAUGAAAAUGGACUUCUGAAAAAGCAGCUUGAAGGACUUUUAUCAGAGAACCAGAACCUUAAGCUUACAGCUCCAAAAAGAAGAACUGUUUGUGUCAUGGUGUUUUUGGCAUUUCUUGUACUGCACAUAAGUCCGUUAAGUAUAUUUGAGCAAAAUCCAGGAACAAAGUUGUCAGGUGGAUCUGUACACCACAGUAGACAUCUGCUUGAAUUCUCAAAUGUAGAAGGCAGCAAGAGAGGACAAGAACCCACUGAUUUUGUUAUUCCACCAAAUAAAGAAAGGGUUCACAUUCCAAAUUCAGACAAAAAAGCCCUGAUGGUUGUGAAGAAGGAUCCUUUGUUGUACAUAUCACCACCGCCUUGCCAACCAGUUAUAAACAAGACAAAAUCUAUUAGGUUGGCUCAUGAAUUGCGUGGUUGGGUCCAUCGUCAUGAAGUUGAAAGGACUAAAUCAAGAAGAGUGACCAACAGUCAACCUAGAAAACACAGUGGCGAGCAUUCUGAAGAUAAAAAAGCAGAAGUUUCACCAUUUUUGACUGUCCAAUACACAGAUACUGCUGAAAAGGUCUCAGGAAGUGAGCUACAGCUGUACUAUGCCACACACAGGAAUUACCAUGAUUUCUUCGAAGAAAUUAACAGACGUGGAGAUACUUUUUAUGUUGUAUCUUUUCGGCGAGACCACCUCCUAUUACCAGCAACAAGCCUUAACAAGGGAAGCAGACCAAAGAUGUCCCUUGUAUUACCAGCAAUACAUCUCAAUGAAAGUGUAAUAAAAAAUGAGGACUACGAGAUCAUGAUGCAGAUAGACUGUGAAGUCAUGGAUACCAGAAUUCUACACAUCAGGACCUCUUCUAUCCCACCGUUCCUGCGAGAUUCACAGGGUAACGGCACCAACACCUUCUACCACUCAUCUACGACCAACAGCCAGACCUCAGCCCCAGUAGGAGCAAUUGCUGAGGCUGUCAAAUAGUUCAUGUUAAUCCUAAAUUGCAGCCCAUCUUUUGCAAAGCGAACAAAAAAAAUCAGUCUUGGCACUUUUGAAAUGUAUGGGAAAUUUUAAAGCCACAAAAAAAACUUUUCAACUUAUAAUGAUAAAUAGGAAGGUCUUAUGCAUUUUUUUACUUGCUGUGGUCUACUUUUGUGUGGAUGUUAUUCUUUUCUAAUUUAUUACAGGAAGGGUAUAUCAGGUCAUCCAAAGGCGGCUUUGAGCCUCACACGUUCAUUUUUUCCCCCAAACAAAAAGAUCAGAAGUCCACUUUUGAAUUUGUCGUAAAGGUGCACAUAUUCUGGCACCUUCAGGAAUAUCAGCCAACUCCUCUUUGCACUUUUAAAAUAAAAAGCUGACCUUCUCUGUCCACCAAAGCCCAUCUUUUUCAUUCAGAUCUAUUAAAGUUGUUUUACACAGAAUUUUUUUCUUUUCCUGCAGAUCAUUUUGGGUCACUGGAUUAUCUGACACAUAACUUCACAGAUUGUGCUGUCACACAUCCAGAACUGUUAGUGUUGUUAGUCACAAUUUGGUUUUGUUGCAUUUUCUGCCAGUGGUAUCCAAACUUAGUGAAGCCUGACAGUAGAAAAAAUGUGUUUUCUUUCAGGGGAAUACAUCCAGAACAUUUCCAGUUUAAAAUAAAUGGAGUAACAGAUGUGGUAUUUAUUGUAAUUGUAGAAGUACUACUUGGACUUUGCCUUGUAAAACGAAAAGCUGCUGUAAGAUUUUUUUUUCCCAUGGAGAAUUAUUCAAAGCCAGUAAGAUCUGUCUGUCCCAUUUGAACUUUAUAAAUCAGAGGAGAUUUUAUUUUGACGUAUUCAUUCCUGCAGAGGUUAAGAUCUAUUGAAAGUGUAUUUCUUUAUUUAUUGCCAUUUUAGUGGUAGAUGAAUAGAAUGAUAGAAUUCCCUAAUCUCAGAUAAUCUGCCUACAGGUGAUCAUCCGGCACUCAUAGGUACCUUAAAACUGUGUGUACUGUAUUACCAUGUUCUCGUCAGUUGAUAUCCACCUUUCCAAGAAAGCACAAGUGCCGUCUGCAGACUUUCUCAUUACGGCGUGAGCACCUGACAGGAAACUGACAUCAUGUCUGAAUGACGCAUCAAGAAAGGAAGGUCAAUAAAAAAUUAUAAGAAUCCCUCUGGGACGGUGAGCUAAAGAGAACAAAAAAGAAACCUUUCUGAAGCUGGGUAAACACUCUCGCAGGCUCUGAAUGAGCAUGUUGGAGUUGGAGCACACACAGUCAUUGCCAGGUUGUACUUUAACUUAUCGACUAUCCAUUUUAAUUUCAGUUUUGUACUCUUUUGUGUCUAUUAAAGGUGACAAAUUGAUGGACGAUUUAUCUUUGUUUUAUAAUUGGUAAAAAGUCAAAGCACUGGAAUGCUGCAUUUGAAAUAAGGGAGUAGGUUAUGUUAAAUAUUAGAGUCAUUGUUUUGUUUUCUUUUUUCUACCUUUAUUUUUUACUUUUUCAAUUUGAAAUGUGACUUGCCUAAAAACAUGUUCAUUUUUUUGUUUUCCUUUCCUUAUAUUUUCCACAGAGUUUCUAAUCAAGUAACUGUCCUAAAUAUUUUUUGACAAUGUAUUGAAAUGUUCAUAUGAAGUGUUGCAAAGAAACCUCUUAAUUCACAUACAGGGCAGGGAUAGUUUGUAGAAAAAUCUGUGUAGAAGUCAAAGUUAUGUAGCACCAAUGAAUGAAUAAAUGAAUGUACUGAGAUACCUCCAA